CGUGCGUCCUUUGAUGCCCUCUGUCUCUCUCACGCUUGACUUUAACUUCCCUUCUCUCUGGUAUCAAAGCGAACCAGAGACUCUCGCGCUCUCUCUUCUCUCUGCGACUUUUCCUCUUCAAUUUCGAUCUCAAAUCUGGUAACUAAGAGAAAAAGACUUGCUGAAGCUGCCAAGCUAAGCUAUUCUCUGCAGGAACUUGUCAUCAAGUUAAGAUUAAGAUAUGGAACUGAACACCAUAAAAGAUGCAUUUGACCGUGUUGCUAAGAGGCAGAAAUUAUUUUCCUCUAAAUCCCAAGAGGUAGUUGAUCAAGUUGGCCAUGAAAUUGAGCAGGCAUUGGCAAAAAUCCAGGCCUCUAAUGAUCCCCUGUCCCCUAUUGAUCUGAAAUCCAUUCUUACUGAGCUUAAACUUAAGCUCAAUACUAUGGAUCCACUCCACCAGUUAGAAGGACUGCAGAAGGAACGUAACAUAAAUCUCAGCAAGUACCCUAAACUUCUUGAAAAGUCAUUCAAUCCUGACAUAUCCAAGGCAUAUAGAAAUGUUGAUUUUGACUUCCACAUAGUGAAUCAGAUACUUGCAAGUCACUUUUACCGGCAAGGCUUGUUUGACCUUGGAGAUUGCCUGAUAAAUGAAGCUGGAGAACCUGAGGCAAUUGCAAUUAGAUCUCAUUUCUUAGAAAUGUAUCAAAUACUUGAAGCUUUGAAGGUUAAGAACCUUGAGCCUGCUCUGAACUGGAUCACUGCCAAUCGUGAAAAGCUCAAGCAAAAUGGUUCAACUCUUGAGCUGAAACUCCACAGGCUUCAAUUUCUGGAGAUUAUCCAGAAAGGAACUAAAGGUGAUGCACUUAGUUAUGCCAGAACUUACCUUUCUCCUUUUGCUUCCCUGCACAUGAAUGAGUUUCAGAAGCUUGUGGUUUGCAUCAUAUGGAUUGGAAAGCUUGACAGCUGCCCACAUGCUGAGUUAAUGGCUCCAGCUCAUUGGGAGGAAUUUACUGUGGAGCUCACCCAACAUUUUUGCAGUCUUGUGGGACAGUCCUCUCCGAGCCCACUGACUGUGGCCAUAGCAGCUGGUAUUGAAGGGUUGCCUACACUUUUGAAGCUGGCUAAUGUAAUGGCUGCAAAGAAGCAGGAGUGGCUAGCAAUAAAACAAUUGCCAGUGCCAGUGGAAUUGGGGAAGGAAUUUCAGUUUCACUCAAUAUUUGUAUGUCCUGUGAGUAGAGAUCAAGGCAGCGAAGAGAAUCCACCAAUGCUGAUGCCUUGUCUGCAUGUCCUUUGCAAGCAAUCGAUCAUGAAGCUGUCGAAAAGCAGCUCUCGGAUAUUCAAAUGUCCUUACUGUCCAACAGAGGCUUCAGCUGCACAGUGCAGGCAACUGUAUUUCUGAUGCCUAUCAUGAUUGUAGAGCAAGUUUUUAGGGUCCUCCUCUUGUGGUCCUUAAAUUUGUGCUUUGUUUUAAGCAUUUUUAUUUGUAGAAGAUUGUAUAUAGAAAUUCUUUGUACAUUCACAAUUUAUUUUUACAAGGUUAUCAUUUGCA